AUGAGAAUCUCUACUAUCCUCCUCUCCCUCACAGCCUGUGUCUGGGCCCAGACACCCGAUCCUGCUACCACCUCUGCUCCGGGCUUCAAUAUAGCCUCGCUAUCGAGCGCCUUGCAGGAUCUCACGGCCAAUGCCACCAGAACAGGGAACUUCGGCAACAUCUCCCCGCCCCCGAAGAACAUGCUGCAGGAAAUAAUGGCCGUCAUCCCCGGCGCUGUAUACUGGGACCUGUUCGACCCGCACUCGCGCAGCUCCCUCGCGAGCCAAAUCAGUGCCGGCAACACGCCCACCUGGUACGCUGCGCUGCCCACGGACGUGAAGAACUACAUGACGGUUGUGAAGGCGCAGAUUGCCGGCGGCGCGCUCACGGCGACAACGGGGCUCGCCUACGAAACCACCUCGGCCUCGACGGAUACCGCCAAGGCCACAAGCAAAGAGGCCACUGACAAAGCGACCAGCACCCCGUCCAAAGGGGUGGCGCCGGCCCAGGCUACAGGGUUGACGGGCUCGGUGGCCGGGGUGCUGGGGGUUCUUGGGUUGGUGCUUGUACUGUAG